UUCCUGUGGUGUAGCUGACUGCAGGAAAUUUCCGGUCUGUUGUCAGUCGGCAGCGAAGGUAAUUAUUUACACUCCAACUGUUUUGACAACUUUCAGGUUUAGAUUUGGGUCGGGCAUCGGGGGUGCAGCCAUGCCAAGCCUAAAGCUGAUAUCUGCGACCGACACGCAGUAUUCAGCAGCUGUCCUCAAGUCUCUGAACGAGCAGCGGAGCAAUGGCUUGUUUUGUGACAUCACCAUCAUCAUACAGGACAAGAAAUUCAGAGCGCACAAAACAAUCCUGUCGGCCUCCAGCACGUACUUUCACCAGCUUUUUGCCGUCGCCGGACAAGUCAUCGAGCUCAACUUCAUCCGGCCAGAAAUCUUUGAGCACAUCCUCAACUACAUCUACAGCUCCAGGAUCAUCCGCGUCCGCUCCGACAUGCUGGAGGAACUCAUCCGCGCCGGAAAGAUCCUGGGAGUGAAGUUUAUUGCGAACUUGCAUUCGCCGCUGUCACAAGUGAAAGGUCUGCCGGGUUUGUCCCAGGAGACGGGAAGCAAGAGCGACGCCUCUCCGGAGACUAUGCCCGUCAUCACGGAGUCCUUCUCCAUUUCCGCAGAGGAAUUCAACCAGACAAAGAAACCCGCGGGAAGCGAGGAGGAAGGCGAUGAUGUGGUGUUUGUCUCCUGCACCGAUGCUCAAACCAGAGCCGCGAGUCUCAAGGCCAACCCUUCUGACAUCAUCGAUUUGGAAAAAGUGGAAUCGGAAAAUGUUGAACCCAAACAAAGCGAAGAUUCGAAUCAUGUUGGGGCGGAUGCACGGAAAGCAGCCGCCACGCCAAAAACUAACGGCACAAAGUGUCAGGUGAACAGUCCGGACCGCAGCUCCAGUAACUCCCCGGCGACGCACGCCCAACCAGGCAGCCUCACACCGGAGCCGACCAGUGAAAGCACCGACAUGUUGGGUGUCCACAAGAAGCAAGUCGCCAUUUCAUCCCAGGAGGGCGAUCCCAAAAUACGGCUUCUGGAUGUUUCCGGAGUCUCUGCUAGCAGCGCCAAGGGAACUAUAGAGGCGAAACAGACGGUGACACUCAACACCGGCACGGAAAUCGAUUCGCUUUCAUCCGGAUGUAAAGUUUACGCCAACAUCGGAGAGGACACAUACGACAUCGUCCAAAUGAAAGAAGACCCAGGAGAAGGAGGAUCAAAAUCCAACAAAGGGAAAAGAGCUUUAAUGGCGACGCCCAAAAAGGCCUUCGACCAGGCACCGCUGUCGCCGACACUCAGUCCCAACAGGAAGAAGAACAAAAUGGAGCUGGACGAUCACUAUGAGCUGAUCAUGGAUGGGAAGACUUUCUACGUUUGCGCCGUGUGCAAACGCCCGUAUGUGUGCAUCACGAGUCUGCGGCGUCACUUCAACACCCACUCGUGGGAGAAGAAGUACCCGUGUCGCUUCUGCAACAAGGUGUUCGCCCUGGCGGAGUACAGAACUAAACACGAAGUGUGCCACACGGGCGAGAGGCGGUACCAGUGCCUGCUGUGCAACGACAUGUUCCAGAACUACCAGAUUCUGUCCCACCACUGCAAGCAAGUCCACAAUCAGGACCCGAGCGGCAGGAAGCAGAAAGACGACGGCGACAACAACCUGUACCGCCUGCUGCCGUGCAGGUCGAAGAAGAAGUCAUACGUGACCGACCUGCCGGGAACGCCGUUCAUAUCGGAGGACGGCAGCAUGCAGGAGAUGAGCCCCACCGAAAUGGAGGCCAUGCACAAUUCGGCGCAGAGCGGGAUGUACUGGGACGACCUGUUCGCCGAGCCGGGCGCUCGCUUGCAGCCAGACUCCGAGUCGCCGUCGAUGAGCUCCCCGACGCAGGGACCCAUGGAGUUCGAGUACAUCACACCGUAGAGCCGCUGGGAAGCAAUCAGUCCGCCGGAUAUCCUGUGCCUUCUCGGUUACGCUAACUCUGUGUUCGUCCUCCAAUUCAGAUCAUGUUUUGUGAUUAAAUCUAAUCCUACCCCAAAUUAAAGCUACAGUAUGCAAGUUUUAUUUUUUUUAAAAAUCUGUUAAUUUACAUGUUUGUUAAAGCUUUUGCCGUCUGAAAAAAUGAAUCUAAAACAACCAAUCAGAACCAAGAGGUUGGUACAGAAAAGGAUUAGGGCCGCUGGGAAAAUUAAUUAAAAAAAAUUCUGGAUUUAUUUUCUCAAAAUUUUGACUUUGAUCUUUGAAUUUUAAAUUUUAUUAGAAUUCUGACUUUUUUUUUUUCAGUGACCCUAAUUCUCUUCUGUAGGAACGUCUUAGCGUUGUCAAUCAACUAGUCUAUUUGCUGCUAAAUGUGCUAAUGGCGGAGAAACAACUCAUCAUUACAGGAAAACUGUUUCUCCACCAUCGUUGGUGGCCAUGCUAACUAGCCUUAGCAUUCAUGAUGGGCUCUACUGUUGGGAAGAAGCUUUAGCGUACCAGAGAAGGUGAUUGACAGCGCUAAGCCCCUCCUCCUGACUCUGAUUGGUUGUUUCUGACUGAACAGUGUGUUUCUGUAGUUUCUGGGAGAAGACAGAUUAUCUGUGUCAUGACAGAGUGACAGUAUAUUAUCAAAUAUUUAAAAGCAUUUUUUAUAUCUAGAAGUUGUAUACUGUAGCUUUAAGGGUUUUAGGAAAGUCUAAGUGUUCUUAAUUUAUUUUCUCUUGUUUCUAAAGAUUCAAAGAAGUCGAGGUAAAACCGCUUGAACUUUCAGCUUUUGUUGUAAAUGUGAAACUUUGCCCAAUCGUUUCUCAGUAUUGUUGGAAAAUUAUGAUAAAAGAUGAUGUAUCUUUUAGAAAACGAUUCAAUAUUUUUCACACCCAACUGUAAAGGUCAGCGCACGCACACACACGCACACGCACACACACACACACGUUCUCAUGCGUCUCCUUCCAGGUAAAUUAAUCUGGUGUUAAACUUUGUUGUAACAUAGAAACUCUGAAUCUGUUAAAUCAUUGAUUUCACGUUGAUUUGAUCAUCCAACAGAAUAAUGUGUCGUUCAAUUUACUGACUCUACUAAAAGUUAAAGAUGGGACUUUUAAAAAUCUUUAUUAAUCACAUAGCAUGUUUCAUGUUGAAAUGUGAGAUGAAUGUAUUUGUAACAUUUGGGCCAUGAUGUCUAAAACGGUUCAACACUGACUGACCACAGUUUCAAUAACCGUUUCAUUUCUUUAUCCAUCCAGGCGUCGUUUCUGUCUUCUACCCCAAAUAUACGUAUUUUACCGUGUUUUUUUUGUUCUUAAAGAAAAUGUGUUAAAUACUAACUAUAAAAUGCAAUAAGAUUGUUCAAAUAUUAAAUCAACUCAAUCCUUCACCUGUUAAUGAAAGGACCUUCUGAUGAUGAUUUUAGGAUUUUUUGUUUUGUAAAAUAUAUUUUUUCAUGAUGUCAUUGUUGCCACAUCUGGGUCUUGUGGCAGGAAAAUUUGUACAGUUUCAUUGGGUCACUUACUUACAUAGUGUAAGAUGGAUUUGUUUUGUAUUAUUUUAAAUGCAAAAGUAGGGAUUUUAACUGAGAUUUAUUAGUAUUUAGCACUUAAAUUUCCAGGUGUUUUUUUCUUUUUUGUUUGUGUUUUUUACAUCAUGUCAGAAAUUAGAACUGUCUUCUUGCAGGUAUAGGUAGAGCUAAAGCUUGAAACCGAUCUGUCUUGUUUUCAGAUUAAAUGCUACAGAUUGUUUUUCAAUAAAUGGAUUAACUAUUGUUUA